CUGUGGAGUUAUGUUGGUGUUGCUGUGUACAGCGCAGCCGAGUGAACUGGGAAUUUAAACACUAACGUAGCGACCGUUUCAAUCGGCACACGUUGUCAUAUUUAUUUUAUUUAUUAAGUAACCUACAAACAUUAGUGAAAUAUACGUCUUUAACAUUUCAACACAACGGAAACAUGGAUUUAACUAAUGGCAUAUCAAGAUCACCGCGGCGAAGUUAUUGAAAGUUUAUGAACUUUACAAGGUGUUCGCUCGUGUGUCAUCGUUUGUUGAGUGGUCUUAGUGGCAGAAUGCAACUGCUGUUUUCAACAAAGAACUUGGUUUGAAGUUAUUAUAUCCUCGUAUCUAUGUGAACGGAAUUUACAGUGUUGUUCGCAGUGACUUGAAAGUUUUUAAUACGCAACUUGUACAUGUGUGUGUGUUAGUGUUAUUCGAGAAGAACAGCGCAUUUCCGUAGAUUCUGUUACCAGGUGUUUCAGUAAGGAUUCAGUAAACAUAUGAUGUAUUGUAAUGGCUUCUCUCCAUUAGUCAAACGUACAGUCGUUUUUAUUUGUGUAUAAGAUUCUGAAGAGGAUUUUGAUCCAUAAGAGGAAGAAAAAUGGAAUUCGGACAGCAGUUCAGCAUAUUGUGCAUUGUCCUCACUUUAAAUUUCGGUGGCUCUGUGAUGACAGAAGAGGCGAAAGACACCCGAGAAGGGGAGAACGUGUCCUUAGAGUGCCGGUUCGCACCCCAGCUAGUUAGCGGUGGACAGGACAACACGACAUUCUACUGGUCUCGAACCAACAAACACAACAAAGACAGCGUCGCCAUCCACCACACGCCACUUGACCCCAACUACAGAGUGGACUUCAGGCCAGACCAGGGCCGCUACGACCUCCGGAUCACGAACGCCAGCUACGAUAGGGACAACGGCAAGUUCGAGUGUCGCGUUAAAGCUUCUGGGAGCGGUCGAAACAUUCACUUCCAGGCCUUUGCCCUCACAGUUCUCACACCGCCAGGUCCUCCGCAGAUUUCUCCAGGAAUCAAUCCCACGUCCACCGAAGGAAAAACCAUGGAGCUCACGUGUUCUAGCACCGGCGGCAGCCCGGAUCCUGUUAUAAAGUGGUACAAGGAAGGGAACACAUAUCCUCUGGAGGCAGAGACGCGGUCUGGUAAUUCGAGAGACUCCGUCACAACGGCAGUACUGACGCUGACGCCUUCCCGCGGUGACGAUGGGGCCGCAUACCGCUGCGUCGUGUGGAACCGGGCCAUGCCCGAAGGAAGCAAACUGGAGGCCAGGGUGACGCUCAACGUGAACUAUUUCCCACGUGUGGAGGUGGGUCCCGAGAACCCACUGCGUGUCGAACGCGAUGCAACAGCCAACCUGCAGUGCACUGUGGACGCCAAACCCAAAGUGAACAAAGUGCGUUGGAUGCGUAAUGGUCGAUUUAUCGCGACCGCCUUCACACACACCAUUCACCGAGUGACACUUGACGAUGCUGGCAAGUACACCUGCACAGCUGACAAUGGACUCGGACAAGCAGGAGAGGCAGAAAUUCUCCUCGAUGUGCUGUAUCCCCCAAUUGUGACAAUUGAAGCUGGUGCUGGUGUUGUGAAUCACAAGGAAGCAGAAGAUGGGGAGACCUUGGUUGUCCGUUGCAAUGUGUCAGCAAACCCAUCCCCCAUCACUGUUGAGUGGCUGCGAGAAGGACAUCCAGGAUUCCGUCAGACAGGAAGUGUUCUCAGAAUUGAGCGAGUGUCCUCAGAAACAGCCGGAUCUUACACGUGUCGUGCAAUCAACAUCCUGAAUCCAUCAUCCCAACCAAGGAGACGAAUGGAGAAAAUAGGCAAUGCUUCAAUUACCAUCCUUGUCCGACAUAAACCUGGGCGUGCCCACAUCUCUCCCAAUAAGCCAGUGGCUGCAGAAGGAACAGGUAUAACGCUGACAUGUUCUGCCAACCCUCCUGGAUGGCCAGCACCCCAGUAUCGCUGGUGGAGGGAUGGUGAUCAGUUGUCAGGGUCCAGUAAUUCAGCCCCAGCCACAGUACUGGCAACAGGACAGAAGUACACCAUUCCUUCAGCACAUCUUGGUAGUGAAGGAAAAUACCAGUGCCAAGCUACCAAUGAGAUGGGGCAUGGUGAUCCAGCAUCUGUCAGCCUGAUAGUUCAUCAGCCACCCAGGUUCCUGGCAAAGCUGCAGCCUCAUGUCACACGCAGGGUAGGGGACUCUGAGUUCAGUGCUACUUGUGGAGCUCAAGGCAAACCAAAGCCAUCCAUAAGGUGGCUGAAGGAUGGGCAUGAGAUUAUCAACGACCCCAAAUUGUAUGAUAUUUCUACAGAUGAGUCUGAAGGACGCAAUUCAGUUUUCACUGUUCAGAGCACAUUGCGAUUCUUGGGGAAUUCUCGGCCUCAAGGCAAUCAGCUUCUGCCUGCUGACCGUGGACUGUACUCCUGUGCCUUUGAGAAUGAAGUCAAAAAAGCAGAAUCCAGCAUGCAUCUUCGUAUUGAACGUGAGUCUUUUAUGUUGAUUAUUUUCUUACUGAUAAGAUUGAUAUGCUCAAGGGUUUUAAGUUCUGGUAUUAUAAUUUUGAUGUUAGUGUUUGUGUAAUUUAAGAACAGAAUGUAAAGUUAGAAAAUUAUUCUAGAGCUUUGUUAUAGUAAUCCAC